AAACUUCAAAAGGCGCUAUCAAGCCGGGUGUUUUUACCAACCUCUAUUAUAACCUCACUUAUUAUGUGCGAAAUCGGGAACGUUUGACGAUGAGUUUUUCCGUGUAUGAUAGAGAAGUGACGCUUUGCAGCGGCGACAACGUAAUUAUAUGCAAUAUCGACGAUGAUACUGUACACGAGCUGAUUUUGCCGGACUUGAAGUCUGCGAAGGAUACAACCCUUCACAACAAAUUGGACAUUGAUUUAUACCACACGAUCACUAACGUGUCCUACUCGAACGACGGUGAAUAUUUUCUGAUAUGUACCAAUAGAAAACAGCUCUGUUUGUACAGGCGAAAAAAUCGCGAACUAUUUGCGAACAGAACUCUGGCCAGAGCAGCGAGCAGAGUCAGGUUUACACCCAACAACGAUGUCGUUGUGGCCGAUAAGUCUGGAGAUGCUUACUUGUACUCCAGCAGCAGGCCUGAAGAGGAGGGAACCGCCCUGCUUGGACACCUCUCGAUGCUGCUUGACGUUAUGGUGACAACGGAUCAGAAGUACAUCGUCACUGCUGAUCGAGAUGAAAAGAUUCGAGUCUCUAUGUACCCAAAUUGUUACAAUAUAUUGUCGUACUGCUUAGGGCAUGAAAAAUUUGUGACAAACAUUCAGGAACUGCCUCACGAUAAAAAUAUCUUGGUAUCUAGCGGAGGUGACGGAUGUUUGAAGUUUUGGGAUUACAAAUCUGGGAGAGAGUUGCUGUCCAUUGAUGUAAACGAGAAUGUUAAACAGGAGGAUAUUGAGGGGUUUAACAAAUGCCUUGAGGACUGCGAGCUGGAUGAAUCCGUCACCAUAUUGCCACUCAAACACCUUGUGGUCUCAAAAAUUGAUGACUCAACCUCUCUGGUUAUGACGACUCUGUUCUCUUGCAAGAGAUUAUUUUUAUACAAUGUUUCUGGAAGUGUGGAAACGGGAGUCACACUCUGUCAGCGUCAGGCGGUGGAGCUUCAAGAUGAUCCGCUGGAAUGUCUUGUUCGAGAUAACAACGCAUUUUGGACUCUGAGCGACGGUGGAUUAAGCAUUUACAAAUUUGAUGAUAAACAAUUUGAGAAGGACGAUGCAAGUUGUAGAUUGGAAAGAAUUAACGAAUCUUGGAAAACAUUGAGAAAUCAUUUGAAAAAACACACUCUUUUUCCCAUUUUGUAUAAGCGGAAGUUUGACAAUGUUCAAGAUUAUCAGGAAAGGAAGAAAUCCCGCCUUCUGUCAAAGGUCUCGGAAUAAUAUUUCGGCAGGUAAA